UUACAGGUGACCAAGACGAUGGCGCCUCCCACGGGUCCUAGGGGCGCCCGCGGAGCCAGGCCUGGCCCGCGGACCACACAUGGUGCUGGUGUUGGCAAGCACCGUGCUACGCCAAGGACUGAUCAGGAUGGGGACAUCUCGAUGGGCAGCGCCAUUCCAGCCACUCAAUCAACCGGUCCGCCGGCUCGUUCGGCCCGCGGUAGCCGCGGCGCUCGCGGCGGCAGAGCGGCUCGUUCAACGGCGCGCCUAGCAGAGAACGUCAGGAACUACGUGUCCGACACCGACUCCUCUAGCCGCGCCUCGAAAGCACAGUUCAACAAAACAACACUCAAAAUCCACGGCCUCAAGAACAGCAAGGCGGCGAGCAACCCCGACGGCGGCCUUCGCUCGCUCCUCGAAUUCCUCGAACGCAAAUCCUCCAAGGAGCGGCCCAUCACCCUCGGCAGAGGAGUCAUCCAAGGUGACUACGUCUUCGUCAAGGUUUCCAAGGACGACGCCCCGCACCUGUUGCGCCUCAACGGAUACACAUGGGCCGGGGCCGCACUAGCGAUCGAAGAGACCAGCGACCCGGUGCCGGGACAUGACAGGCCGUCCGCCAAAAACCCGGCCACCGCGGACACCGAACAGAAGCUGCUGGGAAUCUUGGCCUCGCGGUAUAAUGCCGAACAAAAGUUGCUCGAUCUGUCUGCCCUGGGUUCGGAUCCGACCCUCAUCAGCUUGGGCAGUUUUGCGUCUAGGUCUCUGGCCGAGAAGUCGUUCAAGGUACUGCUCUAUCUUACAAGCAGCCAAUACGACGAUGCCGCCGCGAAAGAACAAGCCAUCCAGGCCGUUUCUCUAGCCAACAACGCCAUCCAAGACGUUGCCGAGGUCUUCACACUCGCCCACACCUUGCCUCGUCUUCGCCGUCUAGACCUGAGCGGUAACCAACUCGAAAAUCUCUCGAAGCUCUCCAAAUGGCGGCACGAAUUUCGCCGCUUGGAGGAGCUCCACCUUGUUGGAAAUCCGGUUGUCGCUCAAUCGAAUUCCCUAUCUCAGAUCGUCGAUUGGUUUCCCUCGCUGCAGAUCUUGAACGGCGAGCGGGUCAGGACGCCCAAAGAAGCGGCAGACGCCCUGGCAGCUUGGUUCCCCACGCCGCUUCCCCGGUUGCCUUCCAACCUCCGGGACGGCGAGAACAACAUCGCGAGCACCUUCCUGCGCGGCUUCUUCUCUCUCUUCGACCACGACCGGGCUGCUCUCGCCGCGCAGUUUUACGAUGCGGACUCGUGGUUCUCCGUUAGCGUCGACGCCGAUCACAACCGCGACCCUAUCUCGCAGUCGUACAUCAAGUAUUCCCGUAACAUCGGGGAGCUGGGUGUCAGAAAUCCCGGGACGCAGCAGAGGUUGUUUAUGGGGGGACCCCUUAUCUCGGAGCUAUGGACUUUGCUGCCCGCGACGCGCCAUGCGAGCCUGGACCAGCUUGACCAAUGGAAAAUCGACUGCCACACCUUCCCGGGACUGGCCGACCCUUCCGGACAGGGCUCAGCUAUUGGCCUCAUGAUCAACAUCGUCAGCCAGUCUGAGGAAGUCGAUGUGCGCCAGCAGCUCGCUGGCAUCCGCACUUUUUCCCGGACCUUUGUCCUCGGUCCGAGCAAGCCCGGCGCUCCGCACCCCUACCGGGUCGUCAGCGACCAGCUGACGCUGCGGGACUGGACCCCUCAAGCGCCGGCUCCCGCCGCCGCCCCAGCGCCCCCCGCCGCCCCCAUCGCCGCCGUGCCGCCAGCUGCCCCGGACGAGAUGACCCAGCUCGCCAUGGUCCAGGAGCUGGCGGGAAAGACGGGCAUGACAGCCGAGUACUCUCGGCUUUGUCUCUCGGGUGCCGCCAACUGGGACUUCAACCUAGCCCUCGCGUCCUUCCAUGAGAAAAAGGCGCAGCUCCCGCCAGAAGCUUUUGCCUCUUCUGCGUAGUUUGCAGAGUGCUGGGAGAUGGAGUGAGUGUCCCUGCUCAUCUUUCGCGCUCCUGGCAUCUGCUGACGAAGCUUUAGAGACGUACUCUAAGAGAUCGGGAUGGGAAUGGAAUGCGAAGUUGGGAUUUAUGGUAGCGUUUGCUUUGCUUCUGUUUCUUUCUUUUCUUGUCCUUUGACUUUCUGGGAAGGCUGGGCAUGGAAAAUAUGAAAAGCAUUUGACACUCGGGUUCAUUUGUUCGGGGAGGGCUGCUCAUCUGCGUUUAUCUAUGAUCUGUGUCUCGUCGGUCGGGUGUUGCUCUGGGGCGGCCAUGGGCAAUGGGCGUUUGCCGUUUCGAUCUAUUUCCCAUGAAGGCGUUGGCUGGGCAUAGCGCGCGUUGUUUCUAGACUGGCAGGUUGCUCUUAGACGGACGGGGAGGCUCUCAGGCAUGAUACCCGGGUAAAAAAAACGUGGGACGCAAAUUCAGCACCAU